UGGGAAGAAGCGAGCCCCUUCACGUUCGCAGCGCCCAAUCAGCGCUGUCAAAGCGACUGGUUGACGGUGGAGAUGUAUGUGUUGUGUGGUAGCUGCUGCUACGCGCAAGCCUAGACAGGCAGUAUGGCGGAGGAGGGCAGUGAGUUCGAGAUAGAGGGUCUAGAAACACAGUUACAGAGUUUAUUAAGCCGAUAUUCAAGUGAUGACCUGCGAAACGAGAGUAAACCAUUCUGCGCCGACUUUAGCAAGCUGGUGGAGGAGUUCACCUCUCGCUGGCAGGUGCCACUGCCUCAGCUCAGGAUCCUUGAGACAUCUCUCUGCUACUUUGCUCGAGCUUCCACCUUCUUCACAUUAAACUGUGAUCAUGUGCUCCACACACUCAGUAGUCUGGCCUUGAGUGUUUUUGAGUUGCUGCUGUUCUUUGACCAGAAGGACUUCUACCAGGAGCCACUGCAAAGCUUCACUGUUACAUUCCAGGAAUGUUGUUUGGUCCUUGCGAGGCAUCAGAAUGUUCACUUGCUUCAGGUGGCGCGUAUGGUCCAGGACAAUGGGCCGUGGGCCAGUCAGGUCUUGCAGGCAAUCCUCAGUGAGUCCAGUUUACCUCAGAAUGAAGUGGAUGAGUGCAUCAGCUCGGAGCUGCCAGUGUUCUUCGAGCUCCGUGUGCGCUACCUUUUGUCCUGUGAACGCGUCAGUGGAGCCAUGGCCCUGGCUCAGUUUUGUGCCCGUCAUCCCACAGCAGGACAACACUCAUUCUUCCUCCAAAUCUACCUCACGUGGCUUUACAAAACUUCACAGCAUGACCGCCUACGAAAUGAGGUGGAUGAUAUAAACGGUAAAGAUGCAGUUCACAUCAUCUGUAAUUUGGAGUGUGAAGAAAAGGACAACCUGCUUCUCGCCCUCAGCAGAGCCUUUCUCUCCCAGCAGCUCAGCAGGGGAGACAUGUACUACUUGUGUGAUCUUGUCUUCAUAUGGAGCAAACUUCAUUGUCGGUUGAAUACAUCCAAGCAAGCUCUACUUGAGGAGAUUCGUCAGGUCAUGCUGUCCGCCACCAAUGUUAACUCAAUCUUUCCAUUCAUCAGGGCCGUACUGCAAGAGCUGGGUGAAGAUGGUAAGCAGUUCUGUGUGGAGCUUUGUGCUAAUGCCCUGGAGUCAUGCCUUCCCUGUGAUGUCAUCACCAAGUCCCUCAUCUACAAAACCAUUGCUGGACUGCUUCCCAACGACCUGGAGGUUUGCAGAUUAUGUGCCCUUCUCGUCUUCUUCCUGGAACGCACAGUUGAAGCCUACAAGAUGGUCUAUCUUCUCUACAUGCAUCCUGAUCAGGAAUACCACGUGGAAUACAGCCUCAUUGGAAACAAUGUUCGCUUUGAAUUGUUGCGGAUCUUGAAGAAAGACCUCUACUUUGACCCAGAGUUUUUGAACCUCAUUGCUUUGCGGACCAAUUGUUUGAAGUUAAUGAGUGAGAAGGUGGUUGGUGCUGCCCUUGAAGAGAUCAUGGAGGACAAAUGGAUCCCAAGCUAUUGCACCAAAGAGCCUACUUUUCAGUCAAGCAGAUCAUUAUGUCAGAAAGGAAGUCAAGAGGAAAUUCAGGCAGCUGAGAAAAACCGACACCAUAAAGACGGCAAUACUGAUCAUACUGCAAAGAAGAAAGGCACCCAUGGGUCACGACUUCGGAGGGAAUCAUCAUCACAACCUUUGAGGCGUUCAUUUUGGAAGCUGGACAGGAUACAGGAUAGUGUCACUGUUAGGUAUGGAGAACAUAAACGCACAACAAGACUCUCUGAGAAGAACCCACCAAAACGAAGGAUUAGAACACCCAAGUGGCUUCUGGAAGACUCAGGAACUGUUGAAAAGAACAGGGCUCCUCAGAGGAUGAAAAAGCAAUGGUUGAAGCACCAGAAACAUCAUCAAUCCGCUGUUGUAAACAGGUCAGAAAUUGACCUGGAGAAGAACACUGCAAAACACAAACCAUCAAUAGACUCUCAUUUAAAGGCAAUGGAAAUGAACAAGCACCAGAGAGGAUUUUCUGUUUGUCCUAGACCAGAUCCUCCCCCUCAAGUCAUUCUUGAGCUGUCCUUACCAGACAAUGAGCUGAUGGGCACAUUUAAUGAAGAUUCUUGUAACAGACUGAGAGGAUUGCCUCAAGUGCUUCUUUACAAACCUACAGUGAAGCUUUCCACCACAUUGCAACCUGUGAAGGCUGUACAUCGCAAAGAGGUUAUCCUUAGAGCACGGGAUGUACCAAUGUUUGUACAACAGUUGCACUGUUAUGCUCGGCGGCAGAAAGGAAAAGGGAACGGAUUGAAUGUCCAUGGCUCGGUAUCAACUAUCACACGCUCCUCUGUACAGGGAUGUCCUCCUAAAGAUCCACCAAAACACCGCUAUAAAAAACACGAGUUAAAAAGUAGAACUGCCUCCCGGAAAAUAACAGGAGCUCAGUCUACAAAUGCUAUCUCACGGAAGACAUCUGCUGUAAAAGAGCUCUCUGUAAAGUCUGCUGUUGUAAUGAAUGCUACUGUUGCUUCACUGACACUAGCAGGUGCCAAAGUGACAAACUCUUCAGUGUUGGAUGAGGUCCCUCAACCUCCUAGCAAAGAAAAAGGCUUGCAAGCCAUAACUUCAGCAAGAGGGUUCCAUGAACAGUCUCCUGCAGAAGUUAAUGCAUCACAAACAUCAGCAAAAGCUGAAGUAAUAGAAGCCCCAGUGUUAGAUACAGUACGCCACGAUCAAACCAUAGUGCCAGCAAGAAAGCUCUGUGAUGAACCGGCUGUUGAGAUGAAAGUUACCAUCGCCUCACAAACGUCUGCAGCUAAAGUGUCACAUUCACCAGCUUUAGAGAAGGUCUGUAAAGCUCAAAGUGAACAAGGUCUUUCAGUAAUCACCGUGUCAGCUGAGAUUUCACAAACCACAGCUGCAAACAGCAAUCAAAAGAAGAACACUGAUGAAAUUCCCUCAGUCUGUAAGGCAGCCAACAAUUCAGACACUGGCGUUGCAGAUUUCGUGACCUCCCAGUCCCAGGAUGUUCUUGGAGAUGGAGAAGAAAAACAGAAGUCGGAUUCCUCACAGGCUGAAACUGACAAAAUCUUCCCCACAGACUCAGGACAUGCACCUUGUGAGGACACAAGCAUCCGGGGAGAUGUGGUUACUCUCAAUAAGGUAUCAGAGGCUGAUGCGCUUUAUUUGUCUUCAAACCAGGACAGUAUGAAUGGCAUAUCCUCUCUGACGUUAGUAACAGAGAUGGUUACUGAACUUGAACCUGAGGUGCUUGCUCGAGAUUUGGAGAAUGGCAAACAGCCUGCUCAGGAAAAUAGUGCUUCCAAGAAGUCUAUGGCUAGAAGUAAAGCUAAAGAACUUGACAAAACCUGGACUAUGUCUAGCUGCCUUGUACCAACACAGGAGCUUUCUGCAGUUGCUGAUGUGCAGCUCAAGGAAAGGAUGGAGGAAACGGAAGAUAAUGCUCCAGAAAUCCCUGAAAACAGUGAGGCAAUGGAAAUGCUACCAGAAUCGGAGGAAUCCAAGUUGGACUUCUGCUGCACCUUCUGUAACAAGGACUUUAAGGGCUGUCGUGUUGUUGCACAUGCCAUGUUCCAUUAUCGCAAAGAUGAGUGCAUGUUCUGUGGGACAAUGUUCAAAGAUGACCUGUUAGCCAUGAUGCACCUGUCUGAUCAUAUAGAGAAACUAAAGAGGACCAUAGCAGCUGCUAACAAAAACCAGGAAAACGGUGUCUCCGAGACCAAAGGCGUCUCCACGCCCGAAACCUCUGCCAAACACAAGACGGCAAAUAUGUCCCCUGAUUGUCGAAGUCGUGGGAGGCCGAGAAAAUCAGCUGUCUUUCCUCAAUCGGCAAGUCCUAAUGAUUCAAGCCCAACUAGAGUCAGAAAGUUGAGAUCAAAUGACAAGCCAGUGCCUGGUCAGUCAUCGCAAGAAAAGAAACAAACCACACCAUCGCAAGAAAAGAGAGAAAACACAUCAUCGCAGAAAAGGAAACGGAGCACAUCAUCACAAGAAAAGCAACAAAUAGCAUCAUCAUCAUUGCAAGAACACAAACAAAACACAUCAAAUUAUAGUGAACUUCCUGUUCAUAAAGUUAAUGGACAUGUUGGCAAAAAGAAAAAACUUCAGGAUGCGAGACCAAAUCCCAAGCAGCCAAUUAUACAGCAGGAGAUGACUCAAGAAACAACAAGAGCUGCAUCAGAGUUUCCCAAGUUGUCAGAAAACCAGGAUAGAGGGAUGAAUUCUUCUGGAUCUUCAGUUCAUGUAGAUUGUUCCACUGAAAACGGGGGAGAGGCAGAAUCUCUGCAGUUCCUGAAGGCAGCUACAAAACAAAAUGGAAAGGCUGUCAAAAAUGUGGAGCCUCAAGAGAAAGUUAGCUGUCCUGUGGAUGAAUGUGCUUGGUCCACAGACUUGGCGAAAAAUCGUGUUGCACUCCUGUACCAUGCCCUGGAGAAUCACCAUGAUGAGGUCAAACCAUUAGAACUGGCGUUUCGUGUCAGUAACAGCAAAUGUGCGAUAUGCAUGAGGGUUUUGUGGAGUUUUGAACACUUUCUGCACCACGUUGAGAGACACAAGAUGGUUCCUCGGCAUCCGUGCCUUCAUCAAGGCUGCACAGCCAGAUUCAAAACUGGGAUAGAGAUGAGACGUCACACCAGGAAACACAGUCCACUGCAGGCAGUGUGCUGUCUUCCUGGUUGUUCUCAACUAUUUAUAUGUCUCUGGGCACUCAACCUACAUGAAAGAGAGCACUACGCUUCCAAACCCACUAAACCAAACAAGAUCACAAGUGAGCAAAAAGGGGACAAACACAAUAAUGUGGGAUUGGGGAAGAAACAGGAUAAUGAGUCAAAAGAUGGUGCUCUGAAGACUGCUGUAAAUAAGACUUUGAGUUUAAAGGUUGCUCGUAAAUUGAGGAGACACACAAAACGUAACCUGUCAAGGAAACACGUUAAGGCUCUGCCCAGAAUUCGAGCAUCUGUGCUGAGACGAGAGCUGAAAAGAAGAAAUGAAAGCAACGAUUCAAAUGUCCUACAAAAUCUUUCCAACAAAGAUUCAGAACAGCCUUCUUUUCCUCAUCUGAGAUUGAGGCAAUCAUUAAGAAAAGUGACAAAUACAACAACGGGAGCUCCCAGAACCCACACAGGCAUCUCGUCAUCAUUAAGACGCAACAGCAAAUUAAAGCACAGGUUAAAGAAAAAACAAGUGAAUGUGAACUCGGAAUGUCCGAAGAGAAGAGGCCGUCCUCCGAAAUCAAGGAACUCUGUGCCUGAUGAAAACACUUCAACCAGUCAAAAUAAUGAAACUAACAAAGAAAAAUCUCUUUUGCAAAAGGAUCCUCAGAGUUCAUGCCCAUCCAAAACAGAAACAACCUCAAAUGUGAACGAUGGACAGCAAGAGGUCGUCAAAGCUACAGAAAAAUCUGAAGAUAAAUCCAAGAGCAACAAAUCAGUCCUCAAUCAACUAAGGAAACUUGUUAAACAAAAAAUGGGUUCACGUAAUAAAUCCACAACUGUUGAGCCAUCUGCCUCAGUAAGCAAAACCCAGACUUUAACCACUGAGAAAGGGCACAAGACGAAAAAGUCCUCCACUCAAGAAAAGGCUUUAAAGAAAGAAAAGGUUUCAAAGAGCAAAGUGAGCACAAAGGCGGGGAAGAAAAAAUGUCCCCUGAAGGAACUAGAGUCUGCAUCAGAAAAGCCAGCAGAGGCAUUAUCUGUGGCAUCGCAGGUCGAUGCUAAAGCUGUUGUGUUAGAAAGCUCUGCUGAUGAGAAUGGAAACACAAAGGCGGAAAACACAGAGUCGGCACAAAAUGACACGAGUGACCCUGGUUUAAAUGAGGCAAGUGCACCUCCCAUUGCGCCGGAAGCGGAAGAACAGAAGGAACCCAAGCAGGACAAAUUAAAGAAAUCACUCACUGUUAAAAAGGAGAGGAAGAAGAAAUCCGAUUCUUCAGAAUUGGGUAAAGGAAAAAAGAAGCAGAAAGAUGCAAGUAAUAAAACGACAGUCAAGAAGCCUGCCUUGAAAAAGAUGAAGAAGCCAAAAUGUGAAGUACAACAACCGGAUGCGGCCAAAGCAGCAGCACAGGUACAGAGUAAUACUGAUGUCAAAGAGAGAGUUAAGGAUGAACCACCUACCACCUCUGGUCCCUCCAUCUCUGUUGAUUCCAGCAGCUCCACUGAAAAGACAUGUCCCCCCACUGCCACUGAAGACAACACACAGAUGCUAACAACAGAUCAAAUAAAAGUAAAGAAAUCACGGAAGAUGAAAACAGAUAAAAUAAAAGUAAAGAAAUCUAAGGAAGCAAAGGAGUCUGACCCAAACAAAAAAACCAAGAAACGCAAGAGUGAUCAUGCGGAUGGUGACACUAAGAAUGUGAAGAAGAGAAAACGCAAAGAAAUUCCGUCAGCUUCUGAGGAGCCUGCCAAGUCAGAACCCGAAAUCCAACCACUCACUGAGGUCAAGGAGGACGCUGAGACGAGUUCUGCAUGUGAACAGAGGAAGACUCAAGAGGAGGUGAAUUUGAAAAUUCCACUUGUCAAAACUUCAGUGAGCACGGUAGCCCUCUCCCUGUACAGCAAGAAGCCCUUCAUGCGUCCGCCGCCGACGGCUUACCUCGACGAGAAGUUCACCACCAUGCCCAAACGGAGAAAGGAGAUGUUUUUCCAGCCGUCUCGGAUAAAUCCACCUCCUGAGAUAGCGACGCCGCAGCGGCAACGCUGUGCCACUUGUUUUGCCACUUUUACCAGUAACGAGGAUCUACAGAAACAUCUGCAGCUGCAGAAGUGCUCAAAACUCUUUGGGUUCGACUCUGAUGAUGAGGGCAACAGUUGAGCAGGUCUGCUUCACUCGGCUUGGAUUAUUUUGCAGUGGACCUGCACAAAAGCCCCUCAAUGCAUUGUACCUCAAAUUCCUCUUGAUUGCUUUCUUGAGAAUUGCUGAUUAUCAUGGGCAGGAUCGCAGCAGGAAGUUGACGACAAUAAUGGCUUCCCUGACUUUAGCUGCUGCAUGUGACUGUAAUGCUAGGCAGGGGAGCGGCCAGUACACGGUUUAAAAACAAAGACUACUGAACUGAUCCCCAGUCAGACUGUCGAGACAGACAGCUAGUACUGAAGUGCCUGCUCUGGAACUACCGUGCUGUUUCCAGCAGCUGCGACUGGUGUGGACAUUUAAGCGUCAUGGCUUAAAGUCUGGACUCUGGAAAGCUGUGAAGAAAAACAAAAACUUACGCUGAUGACGGAAGGCUGCUCCUGCUGUCACUAGGAUACAUUCUUUUUCUCACCAGUAAGCCAUAAAUGACACAUUUGCUUUUUGCACUCACCAUAAAAUGUUUGUUUCUGCUUUGAUUCUUAAGCAGAUUUCACAAUGGAAGAAGCAUGAAAGUUUCAUGUCUUUAACUUGCUAAGGCUGCAAGUAGUAUUUUUUUUUUUUUUUAUGUAUAAUUCCUGUUUGAAUAUACAUGGUAUUUCUUCCAUCAUUAAUGACCAGCAGGGGUCAGUGUGCACCAAUUCCAAGCUCCUCAUCACAUUGAGAAAGUUCCCUUUUACUAAACAAUAAGGAUGUUGCUCUGCUGCUUUCAUCGCUGUAUAGUCUCAACAAAUGCUUUGACUUCCAGUCACGUUCAGUCACUGGUUUUCAUUUAGCAAUAACAGCUACAGACCAUUUAAUGAGCCAGUAUCCCACUCAAAUUCUCUCACUUCCCAUGUUCAUGUCUUUUAGUCGCCAUCUAAUGUUCCUGCUUCUGUGAUUAUGUUCUCACUUAAAUCUCAAUAUUUCUUUUUGCAUUUUUUUCUCUUUUUUUAAUCUUGAGUGAAUUAUCCAAGACCAUGGAAACAUUGUGAUUUCUCUUGAUUUCUCAAGGGUGAAUGUUUUCCUUCAGAGAGGAACAGGGAUUUUUAAGUGUUACUUGGAGCAGCAGCAGGUUAUAUUUAUUUGUUUUAUUUUCUAUCUUUUGUAAAUAUUUGAAGAAUUUCAAUGGCUUAUAAAAAAAAAAGAAAUGGGAGGGGUUGUUGCCGCUGGGUUUAUAUUUUGUUCUUGAAGAUAAAUAAAACUUAUUUCAAAUUGUAA